AUGGCCCCCAGUUCCCGGCAGCCCUUCAGUGGGCAAGGGGUGCGAAGAAUCUCCGGAUCGAAUGUUGGUGGAAGUGUCACCCUUCGGGUAGGCACAGUGAACGUUGGGACAAUGAAGGGAAAGAGUGCAGAAGUGGCGGACAUGUUGAAGAGAAGGAAAGUUGAUGUGUGUGGGUUUCAGGAGGUAAGGUUUAAAGGUGAAGGUACGAGAGUCAUAAAGGGUGAAGAUAAUGUAGCGAGAUUUAAGUGGUUUUGGAAGGGAAACGGAAGUGGCACCAAUGGUGUUGGCUUUGCGAUGAGAGAGGAUUGGGCGAAGUCGGUUGUAGCAGUGAAGAGAGUUUCGGACAGAGUCCUGAGAGUUGAUGUAGUUAUUGAGGCCGAAGUUGUGAGUUUCGUUGUGGUGUAUGCUCCGCAGGUUGGACAAAGUGCGGCAGAGAAGGAAAAGUUCUACGACAGCGUGUAUGCAGUGAAAGCAGACAUUAGAGGGCGAUGUGUGAUGCUUGGUGAUUGGAACGGUCAUGUGGGAAGCGUAAGAAGGAUAUGCGAUAUGGAAGGUGGAUAUGAAUGCUAG